GAAAACAGCCUUUUGCUUCAGACGACAGAUUGAGUCGAGUAAUCCAUGAAGUGGUACAUGCAUGCAUGAUUCAUGAACCUACAAACAAGCAAGCGCAACCAUUCAGUCUUUUCUUUCUCAUUUUGCUUGCUUGGCCUCUAGCUACAUCGAUUCAGUCAUGGCGGUAACAUCCUCUGAUGCGCUGCUGCUUGCUUCUCCUCCUGUGCUGCCAUGGCUCCACCGGGCAGGCCCAGCUGAGCCGGCGAGGAGCACCGAGGGAGUGCAGUUCUUGGACAGGCUAGGGGCGCUGGAGCCGCUGAUGAAGGUGCAGUCGGAGUCUGGUUUCGUGGAGUACUUCGAGCACUACGAGGCGCGCGGCGAAACGAGCAGCUCCGCUGCGCCGACGUGUUCCCGAUCCGUCUCGUCGUCGUCGAGCCUCCGGGGGCUUCUGCUGCCUCGCUACUCCAACACACACGCCCUCGUCGGGAGAGGUACUGUGGGGAUGCCCCAGCCCCCAUGCAAGAGACUGCUGGGUUUAGUGACGACGACGAGCAUCUAGAAAUUCUUGUUAGCUGGGAGCUUCAACAAUGGGCAGCGUCACUAUGCGGCCGGAGAGCAUCUUCGAAGGGUUGGGCGUCGAAUUACUGAGCGAAGCCCUAGGGGUGAUGAGUGAAGAUGUGGCGAGGAGGCUUGAGAGCCAAGAUGAUGGAUGCGGUGAGAUAGUUCCUGUGGAGCAUGGCCUUCGAUAUUCCUUGUCGUCACAGCAGCAAGAAACAGAUAGCAAUGGUUUAGAUGACAAGAACAUUAACAUUUGUGCCAUGGAGGCAAAACAUCGAAACCCCUGAUGCAAUGUGGAAGGAUCACACGUCUUAACAGCCAAAACUUCCCCAUCCUCAACCUCAUACAAAUGACUGCGGUGCGACUAGACCU